GAUUUUAUUUUUUGUCGUCAAUCAUAUUUAUUAUUCUUUAUACAUUUAUCAUGAAACAAAUGCAUACCAAUAUCGUAUCUAGCACAGAUCACUGCAAGGUGAUCACUAUUAAAAAAAAAGUAUACAUAUGAGAGAUUGAAAAGUGUGAGUUUACACUCUACUAACAUUACUUAUUUUAACCUAUAAAAAACCGAUUAUUACGUAUGCAAGAGGUAAUGUAGAGAGGUUAAUCAACACAAGCUUAUAUACCGAUAGACCCAUGGUAGGAACAGUGUGUUGAAUACUUGCUUGCUUUGUAGUUCAUGUAUAAACUCCAUCUUAUUUAAAUAACCUUUUAUUAACUUUUAUUUGCAACGUAUCUUGAACAGUGCUAUAAGGUUUGGAUAAAGUAUACCCAGUAUUCGUAUUUGAGGACUAAAAACUUCUUUAUUUCUCUAUAGAUCGGUAACAUUUAUGAGCUUCGUUAAUUAUUAUUACUUUUUAUACUAUUGUUUAUAAUAUAUGAAUAUUUUAUUUCAAUUGUCGACAAACUUGUAUGGUUAUAAUUCAUUCUUAUCUUGCAGCAUUUGUUUCUAAAGAAAUAUUGGAUAUAAGUAUGUAUAUUAUUUUUAAACUAACAUUUAAUUAGUAAAAAAACAUGCAGAAAACAUUUCUUCUUUUGAACAAUGUUCAAACCCAAGUAAUAAUUGAAGGCCAAUGGGUUGAAGAAAGUUUCCAAGAUGAUAAAAAGAAUGUGGUAAUUGUUAUUCCUGGAAAUCCAGGAGUUCCACAAUUUUAUGAAGGUUUUAUUAAGUCUCUUAGCAAUAGAUUGCCUUUUGGAACUCCAAUUUGUGUCAUUGGACAUGCUGGCCAUGUGGAACCUUCUAAAGAUUUAAAAAUAAACGUGCCUAGUGACAAAGAAUGGCACAAAUAUUAUGGUUUGUCUGCACAAGUAGAACAUAAGAUACAAUUCAUAAAGAACUAUAUUCCAAAUGAUGCAAAAAUAUAUCUGAUAGGUCAUUCUAUUGGAAGUUGGUUUAUAUUAAAUUUGUUAAAAGAUGAGGAUAUCUCUAAGAAAGUAGAAAAGUGUUAUUUGCUUUUUCCUACAAUUGAAAAUAUGGCAGAUACUCCGAAUGGACAAUUUUUAACACGUAUUGUCUUUAACAUAGCCAGCUUGUUGAUCUUUUUAACUUGGAUUUUUACAUUAUUCCCUCAUUUUUUGCAAAUAUUUUUAAUACGUGUAUUUGGUAUAUUUUAUGGUAUACCUGCAAAAUCAAUUAAUGCAGUAAAUCUCUUGUUGCAACCUCGUAUACUUAAAAGAGUGUUUAGACUUGCGGAUGAGGAAAUGAAGGAAGUAAAGGAACUUGAUCAUAAUAUCAUUGAUGAACAUGCACGUAAACUUUGGCUUUACUACGGUGCAAAAGAUCAAUGGACCCCAGUUAGUUAUUACAACAACAUGAAAACUAAACAUGAUAAUGUAGAAGCAUAUCUUUGUAAAUUUAAUUUUCCUCAUUCUUUUGUUUUGAAUCAUGACAAAGAUGUAGGUGAAAUGAUAGGUGAUUCUAUCAAUCAAAAUAUUUCAAAUUCUAAAUAAUAUGGUGAUUAGGAUGGUAGUAAUUCCAUUUAUAUAUUCAUUUGAUUAUAUCCAACAUUCCAAAAAUAAAAUAUUUUUUGUUAUAAGCAUAUACAAAAUGUAUAUCUUGUAUGUGUAUCUUGUUUACGUUUAUAAUAAAUAUAAUAAUCAAUAAUAAA